ACCUAGCCAAAUAUAUUUAAUAUUUGAUAAUUUAAAAGUAUUUUUCGUGCUAAUGAAAAGCAUUUCAUAGAAAAAUUCCUUCUUAUUUACCAAAAACCCCACACAAUACAUUACUUACAAGUUCAUAAUUAUCUAGGUUUUAUUAAAAAAACUAAAGUUUAUUUAAAAUUUUAAUAAAUAAAUCAGUUAUUAGCAUGCAUAUUUUUUAGUGAGCCACAGUUAAUUAAUUUAUUUAAUUAGUGGGUUUCCUGUGGACUUAUAUCUGUACCCUUGCAAUACAAUUUCUUCAUCGAGACACUUGAAAGAUCAGUAAACAUGCAAACAUUUGAGCAAUUAACGUACUGCCGCUAUAAAAUACUUGGACUUCAUCAUGGCCAGUGGCAAAAUGGCAAACUCUUAUCAACUUUCGGCCGGUUACAUUGAUCGCUCCGCUUCAAACCCGACAGAACCGAAGUAAGCAAAAACAACCUCAAGUGUUAGAUAACUGGUUUUAUCAAUUGUUAAAUUGACGGCUCACGAUGUCCACGCGACAUUGCUUAGCACGAGACUGAGACCCUAGCCGAAACCGAAACACCGAAACCCCGAGACAGAGACCCCAAAAGCCACCUAACUCAACCCCAAAGAAAAAACAAGGAAAGAACUGAGACUCUGCUUUGGAACAAAAUUGAGUUGUGGGUACAGUCAGACCUGGAUAUGUCUUUCCUCUGGCAUAUUUACUGCCUUUCAAGCUAUAUUUAUCCUUUUAACAUUUUUUAUUGUAUAAAGUAUAUAUUUCAUACUAUCAAAUAUUUUUAUUAUAUAUUUACUAUCCUAGAGGGAUUACUGUCCUUUAUUUGAUGUAUUAUUUUGUCGCCUUUGAGCCAUUUGAGACAUCUGUCAUGUCUCAUGUCCUGUUCCGUAACCUCUUUCCAGCGACUUUGAUACGCCUGUGUCAACAUUAUUUAGUUAGUGUUGCGUGCCGAGUCCCGAAAAACUGUUGCAUGUCCUGAAUAACUAGGAUAACACAGAUAACUGGGAGGAGGGAAAAAGGGCAAACCUUUUUAGAGAUAACAGCCAAGCAGUUUCCAUUUAAUAUGCUCUCUUCAAAAACAAUAGUUGCUAUGUAAACUUUUGACUUUGCGGUUGUUAUUUGAUUGGAAAUUGUUUUGCUUGCGGACAAAUACUAAUUGAGAACAAACGCCUCAAGUUCAGAUUUUCACAUAAAGCAGCUGGAAAAUCAUGAAGAUUGCUCUAGAAAGACAAGAAAAAUUACACGCGAAUGCCAUUUGGUAAUGACAAGCUCUGAAAGUCGCCCUAAGCUCAUUCCCCAAACACGUAUUUUUCCUGGCUGACAUUUCGGAAUGUGACGGAAACAAGGACGAAAAGUUAAGGAGGAAGGGACGAUUUUGGUGGUACAUUUCAGUUCAAGUGUUCCCCAAAGGGAAUGUUUGGCAGCUGCAAAUAUUUCGUACAUGUAGCUAACAUAAUAUAUUAAAUAAUUUAUAAGGCCUGUGUAAAGGUUGUGUUCGAAUGAUUCUGAUUUAAAUUUUCUAAAAAAAACUCCAUAUAAAAGUUUAUAAUUUAAAAUGAAAUCAGAAACCUGAGCAAUCACUUCCUCAUUAGAAUAUUUAUUGCAUCACCCAGAGAAAGUUUUAUUUUCCACUUUUAUCAGUCAUCUCUCAACCACACUUUCCCCCAACAAUUGUCACGAACUGUUUAAAUAAAUGAUAAUUUAAAGGCUUAAAUUCAAUUAACCAAAUCCGAUAAGUUCGACUUGCUUAAUUCUAUAAACUGCAUAAUAAAAACUAUGUUAUUCCAUCGCCUUAAUUGCAGACAGUUGGCAACUGCUUUUGUAAUUGCACAGAUGUUUUUUUUCCAAAUGCCAGAACGAGCGAAGAGUAGCAGAAAAUUCUAAGAGCUUCGGGCCAAAACCACAAGCAUUUGAUGGGUAUUAAUUACUUGGUAGCCCAGACCCCAUGGUGCCAUGGAUUCCCUCCCCCUUCUGGCCACAAUUCGGUUUUUUUACGCCCCCACGAAAACGACAAUAAAAGUAAUUAGCAUAAAAACGGAAACAAGACGAACGAGACGUUGGAUCAAAUGGUAACAAUAAUAAAUUAAAUAAAUUGGAUAAAUAAAAACACAAAUACGAGUCAGGAACGAAAGCAAAUUAAUUAGUAGAGAGUUGACUGAGGGAUGACCAAUAAAAUAAAUAUAUUGAUACUUUUUCAAGGUGUUUACAGCUUUAAAGAGGUUUGAAAAUAUAUUUAUCAAAGACAAAAAUAAUGUAUUAAAUCUUCCCUUUUUUGAAAUAAUGUUUUAAUGGUGAUUUAUAUUACAUUUCCCCUUUCAAUAUACCCUAUCUACCCUCCCAUUUAAGGGGUAUCCCCUACGACAACAUCGAAGUAUGAACGAAAUGGUAAAUAAAAGCCAAAAAAAUGCCGAACUCAGCACAGGUCACGUAGUGAACGAAAGUGAAAACAAAAGCACAGAGACCAAGACGCCGCCCAGACGGAUGGCAAAAGUCUAAUGAGAAAGCUGAGCUAGAGAACUAUGAUUUAAUUUCGGGCGGGAGGGGUGCCUGGGUGGGUGGCUUACAGAUCUGAAAGAACGAUGUCUCAAUUGACAGAAGGUGAGAGCGCAGCGUUCUGCAUCCGACAGAUACGUGAACUCAACAAAAGCCAAAUGUCGAACGGGUUGGGGCAACAUUUCCAUGGAAACUAUCGGCCCAAACACUCGACCCAUGAUGAUGCUGCUGCUGCUCUGGUUGUGGGUGCUACUUCUCGGACCUUCAGUUUAUGGUUCGCCUUUGGAGAUGCAACUGCUGGAAAUGAUGCUGAGGGAGGCCGAAGGCUAUCCUAUUAAUGGCCGGGAUCAGAGGGAUAUCUCAGUUUUGCCAGCGCCUUCUAUAGAAUGCGAUGACAAGGAUAUUUCGCUGAUGCAGGCAGCUUCUAUAGGCUGUGAUGAGAGUGGAUCUCAGGAGCAGCAAUUCAGUGACCUAUUCGAUGACGAGAGCGAGGAGUGUGUGGAUUUCCUGGCACCAUAUGAGCCAUCUUUUAGGCGAGGUUUGCCUGUGGAGCAUCCUUGUUUUGUGAGAUUACUGUUGCUGAGGACGCCCCUCCUAAAAGAGGAUCCCUGCGGCAAUUUCACUUUGGCAUCUGAGACAAUAAGAACCACAAAAAAACCCAAAAAGAAGUGCAAUCCCAAGGGAAAACAAAAGGGACUUUGGCCAACAAAAAACUUUGUUAAUAAAAAACCAACAGAGUCAACAACGGAAUCAACAAAUUCAACUGCCGCUUUACAAACUAAUUCAACAACAGAUUCACCCAUUCCAGAAACACAAUCCACUCCCAAGCUCAUAAAGCUAAGAAAAUUAGUUCCCAAAAAUAGGAAUUCCACAACAUCAACGACACCCUCAACAAUUUCCACAACGAUGGAAGCAACAGGACCAGACUCUAAAAUUAUAAAUAUUAGAAAAUAUGCUCCCAAAAAUAAGAAGCUAAAACCAAAUUCAACAACAACAACAUCUUCAACCACUUUAGCAACGAUGGAAACCACAACUGUAGAAGAAACUACGACGCCUGAGGAAACCACCUCAACGACGUCAGAAGAUCCUACCACAAACACAUCAGAGCAGGAAGCUACUACACCCGAAUAUCCAACAACACCAAAGACAACAAGCUACACAACAACCACUCAAAGACCACUUACUGAAAAUCAAUUAAAACGCCUGAAAGCGGCACAGAUCAGGAGAAGGAAUCGGAAGGGUUAUGGAAAAGGCACCCCCAAUGUCCCCGAUCCGCCGAAGAUCAAGAUUGAUGGCGCCACCCAGCCCAGCGAGGUGAUUCAUGUAAUUCUGCCCACCGAUGCUGCCGAAAUGAGGCUCCAACCGGAAGAAGACAGCAACACCACCCCGGUCAUGACUACUACGCCAAUGACUACAAGCACUUCCGAACCGGAAACCACCACCGAAGACAGUUGCGAAGACGAAGUGGAGACCACCAAGCUGCCGGAAUACCCAGAAAGUGAAGAUGCCGAAGCUUCUGAUAGUAAGGGUGUAAACUCCAUGGAGGAACCCUGUGAGGACACGGAGGAACAAGACACUAAUUUGUGUCCCCAGUUUAUGCCAGCACAACCAAAUUCAGAUCCUCCAAGAAGACCCCAAAUGCCGUAUCGCUAUCGAAAGCCCGUGAAAAACUAUGUGGAACCAAUAUUGUAUGAGGGUAACAUUGGCAAGCCACUUCAUCGAAACACACGGAUAGGGCCCCCGCAGAAGGAUUAUUUUAUAUCCAAUAAGCAAAUUGUUCCCAGACCCAGACCCAAGUACAGGAAACGUCUUCCUCACUCGAUCUACAUGAACAAUAUAGUGCGGGGACUGGAUUGUGUUGAUGAAAUUGAUCAUCAUCAAUCGAGGAAUCCUAAUCAGCCACAGCGAUAUUGGGACUUGAGGCGAGUGGGACCACAUCGAAGGAUUCAAAAUAUUAGAAGUUUUGCCCCAGUUCCAGCCAGGAGACCACUUCCUCAGCUUGGCAGUACCGAAGAGUCUGCUGAGGGUCAACAUCUAAGGGAAAGGGAAUCAGAGCCCCAACCGCAGCAGCUGCUUCGAUAUCCGGAGCAUGAGGAGACUGUAUUGCAUGAGGAAAAGCCAAUGCCACCGCAGGCAAUGCCCACACCCAGCAUGGAUCCCUGUCAGGUGGAGCACGAUCACGCCCUCUUCGGGGAGAGAAGAGAGCAUCCCGGGGAAUACCAACAAACAUCCACUUUUACCUAAAUAACCAAUAGCAUAAGUUAGUCAAGUAGCACCACAAGCACCCAGUAAACAGUUAACCACCAAAUAAACGAGUGCACCACAAAGCAAAAGCAUAAAGCCAAAAGCCAGACCAUCAAUCAAGUGAAGCACAGCUGGAUAAUUAGGAAACCUCUUUGAUCUUGGAGCAGAGACGACGUCAGCAAUUGAAUUAUAAAGCAAUUGCCUUUCGGUUGGGGCAGUCAUGGGGCGGUAGAGGGCAUUGCCUGGCCAAUAGCCACUUAUCAGUCAUACCAGUGGCUCAAUUUCCCGGCCAAAAGGCACGCGCCCGUAAUGACAAACCCAUGAGCAGGCCAGGGCCACCUGAUGUCCCGCUGAAGGGUGUAUUGUGGCGGCCACCCACUCGGACCCAUCGCGAUGGUAAGUCGGCCUCCAAUUGGGAUCCUAUUUAACCUAAAGUUGAAUGGUUUUCGGGUGUACUAUAACACUGAGAAAAAAAAGUCUGCAACUAUUAGAAAUAGCUUGAAAUCCCACCACAAAAUGUAAAAAAAAAAUUCAGAAUAUUUUUAUAUAUAAUCCAUCC